AUGACUGUCGCACUUCCCUCCAUCCAGACCGAACUCUCCAUUUCCCAAAGUGAUCUCCAGUGGCCGGUUUCAGUGUACUCGCUAACAUACGGCUGCUUUCUACUACUAUCCGGUAGACUUGCUGACAUUCUGGGUCGACGUCUACUGUUUUUGGUCGGAACUGCCUGGUUCGCAGCAUUUAGUCUCGGAAUCGCAUUUGCUCCCUCACAGGUUGCGCUCAUAGUUCUUAUGGCGCUCCUCGGCAUUGGUCCAGCAGCCAAUACUCCAGCCGCAGUGGGUCUAUUCGGCGCACAUUUUACAGGGCGCGCUAAAGAAAAGGCAUUUGCCAUUCUAGGUGGCGCACAGCCACUCGGUUAUAUCGGUGGAUUAGUUAUCGGUGGAAUAUUGUGCCAGUCUCCGGUAGGCUGGCGCUCGUUGUUCUGGGUUCAGGCAGCUCUUGGGACGAUAUUCUCGGUUAUGGCUUGGUAUUGUCUACCACCCAAUCAUCCAGCACCGGAUUCGGAGGAUGAGCAUGGGGAUAACACUAGGAAGGUUAUGCUCAAGCGUCUAAAGAGGAUUGACUGGGUUGGCGCUGCUUUGAGUACUGCAGGAUUUGGACUACUUACAUUCUCACUUGCGGGCGCCGAAUCUGCACCCAGGGGAUGGAAAACACCAUAUAUUCCCGCACUUCUCUGUACCUCGGUAAUUUGCUUAGUCGGAUUUGUAGAAUGGGAGCGCCGACGUGAACAAGCCGGAAAGUCAGUUCUGGUACCACUGUCUAUCUUCCGUGCGCCAAAUUUCGGAUCUUUACUCGCAGUAGCAUUCACAGCUUGGUGGAGCUUCAAUGCACUAAACUAUUAUGCCACUCUCUUUUUCCAAUCCGUCCAACUCCUGUCCCCGCUCCAGACUUCUAUCAGCUUUUUGCCCUUGGCCGCAUCUGGAAUUUUCUUGAACGUCUUGUCUGGACUUUUAAUACACCGUGUACGACCUCAGUUCCUUAUCUUGGUCGGCCUCGUACUCAGCGUUGCGGCUGCAGCGCUAUUUGCCGUUAUUAAACCCAAUGUCACUUACUGGGCAAUGAGCCUUCCUUUUCUGCUUCUUCUUCCUGGACCAGACCUGUGUUAUUCGGUAGGAACAUCGGUAGGAUUGGCUGUAACAUCAGCGGUAUCCACAGCUAUUCAAAAAAUGGCUGCCAAACGUCACAACACAAGUGAUUUGACUGGUCCUUUAGUUCUCAUGCCCGGAUACCGUGGCGCUGCGUGGGUAUGCUUCGGAAUGGCCGUUCUUGCUGUAAUCAUCUCUUUGGCCAAGCUCCGUCAUAUGGAGAUAAUCAAACACACCGAAGCUAACGAGAACUUGGAACCAAGGACUAGCUUGGCUAUCGAGAUGGAUCAUAUGCCCACCAUAGAAAGGGGAGAGAAGGAUGGCUCAGUUGCGGCCACCAGUGUGUAG